AUGCCGAGAGUUUUGGACGAAAAACAGAAGCAAAUGCUAAAAAUUCUCGGCAAGAAACGAGUAAAUGGUAAGGAUUCUUCACGAGAAACGGGAAUCAGUGCUAAAAAGUCAUCAGAAAUAGGAAUAAAUGCUGGGAAUUUUUGGCGAAAAUAUGCUAAAAAUUCUUGGCAAGAACGAGUGAAUACUGAAAACUCUUCUCGAGAAACAGCAAUUAGUAGCGAGAAAUCUUCAGAAAUAAGAAUGAGUGCUGAGAAUUUUUGGCAAGACAGAGUCAAAAGCUGA